CGCUCAGUUCUGAUUUGGAUAGAGACUCGGUGGCCACGCGGUGGCAGUGACGAGGACCACAAGCCUGUUGCCAGUUAUUGAUCUGACAGCAAGACCGCAUUGCCGUUGAGUGGAAGUAUUGUCACGCAGUUGUAUAGCAGCGGAGUGAAUAAACAUUGAAAUGUCAGAUAAACGCGUUUAUAAAUCGAGGAAACAAGCGAUCGCGGCUCGUUGAUUGUGUAGGCGUCUGGUUAAAAAACUAUGCGUGAUAUUCUGUAGCUGUGUUUGUCGUUAGAGCCGAAGGCCAUCCAGGGUAGCACAAAUCGCGUUAUCACAACACGGAUUUCCCGGCCAUUAUCGCGCUGCGAUUAUCACCGAUUCCCUUUUAUCCCCUGGGUUCUAAAACUGCGGUGCAGUGUCGUUGCAGUGACAGUAGGUUGAUCUCGUGUCAGCUGCCCUACCUACGUCACGCAUCUCGCCCGUUAAAUCUGCACUGCAUUGCACGUAUCGGGGAAGUCCACAUAGAGAGAAAGAGAGAGAGAGAGAGAGAGAGAGAGGAGAGAAAGAAAGAAAGAGAUAGAGAGAGCGAUAGACGGCGUUUUAACACGUCUAUAAAUGUCAUCGGGUCAUUUCUUUUCGUCUGUACCAUAGGAGAAUAGACAUUAAAAAAAUUGAACUCAUCGAAACACGAUGAAAAAAUUCACUUUCAAAGGUGUUCUUGACGGGUUUCGUUCAACGGUUAGUCAACAGGUGAAACCAGAGCAAGAAAUCAUCGAGACACUCCGCCCCGAUCAUUUCAACGUAAAAAAGACCUUCCGGCACGGAUUUCCGUUCCAGCCGACCGCCAUAGCGUUUGAUCCUAUUCAGCGAUUGUUGGCGAUUGGUACGAAGACAGGCUCUCUACGAAUUUUGGGAAGACCUGGCGUUGACGUACACGUUAAACAUGAUGGGGAUUCCGCUGUUCUUCAAAUGCAAUUUCUCAUCAACGAAGGUGCUCUUGUUUCGGCCACUGCCGACGAUACCUUACAUCUGUGGAACUUUCGCCAAAAAAUACCACAGGUUGUCCAAAGUCUUAAAUUCCAGCGGGAAAGAAUAACGUUUAUACACCUACCACUGCAAAGUAAAUGGCUGUACGUUGGUACAGAACGAGGAAAUAUCCAUGUGCUUCACAUCGAGACAUUUGUUUUGUCCGGUUAUGUUAUCAAUUGGAAUAAAGCUAUCGAAGUAUCGAGGAAGACCCAUCCAGGUGCUGUAAUUCAUCUCAGUGACAAUCCACUGGAUCUCAGUAAGAUGCUCAUAGGCUACGAGUCUGGGCAAAUAGUGUUGUGGGAUUUGCGGCUUAAGAGUCCAGAUUAUCGAUGCCAAACAACGGAGCCUUUAAAAUCAAUAUCGUGGCACCACGAUGGCAAGCAAUUUAUGUGCAGCCACACUGAUGGCUCCCUCUCGACUUGGGCAUUGCGCCAGUUGAAACCGAUAAACGUAACGCACCCCCAUGCUAAAACUACCAAAGAUGGGCUUCCUGAAGCUUGUAAACCGAUACAGAAAGUGGAAUGGAAGAUAUCAAGAUCUGGGGAAGCUUACGUUAUAUUCUCCGGAGGACUAGCGUACGACACAACAGGUCGAACGCCGAGUAUUACUGUCAUUCAAGGCAAGACCACGACGGUAUUAGAAAUGGAACAUAAUGUCGUGGAUUUCGUAACAUUGUGCGAAAGUCCUUGGACCAGCGAUUUUCAGGAUCCUUACGCAGUCGUCGUUCUCCUCCACAAUGAUCUAGUCGUAAUAGAUCUCCAUUCGGCCGGAUUCCCAUGCUUUGAGAAUCCUUAUCCGAUGGAUAUCCAUGAAUCUCCAGUAACCUGUUGCGCCUACUUUGCCGACUGCCCUUCAGACCUCAUUCCAGCGUUUUAUUCCGUCGGCUCUAAAACCCAAAAGCGCACCGGGUUCAGCGAGAGCGAUUGGCCAAUAUCGGGAGGAGAAUGGAGCCCGACUUCGAGCAGUUAUAACGAGAUUGUUUUGACCGGGCAUGCAGACGGUAGUAUAAAAUUUUGGGAUGCUUCCGCUGGCACGCUUCAAGUUCUCUACAAAUUGAAGACGGGAAAGGUCUUUGAAAAAGCAAAAGCUCGGAGCUCAGAUUCUGAUGAAGAUCCUCUCGCUGUACAGCUGAUAUUUCUCUGUCCGGAAAGCCGCAAAUUAGCGAUCGUCGGAUCGAGCCGAUACGUUAUCUUGUUUCAGUUCAAGAAAACCGAAGAUCAGUCCGAAAUUGUUACUUUGGAGAUUCCCAGUGCUCACGACGUACCUGCGGAAACGGAAUGUUCUCCGGAUUACGAAUAUCCGCCGAGAGGCAGUCUGGCUACCGAAGGCGGGGAAGAACCGCAAAAUCCAUCGUUUGAAUACAGUUUUCCACUAAAAGUAAAGACCGGACCGCAGAGAAGAGCUCCUGGAUUUCAACCGACCAUGGUGUGUCUUUCUCCAUGGAUUAAUGGAGAACAGCCUGGAAAUAUCAACGCUUUGAGUCUCAACUCUUCGUACGGCUUAAUGGCCUAUGGUACAGAAACUGGUUUAGUUAUCGUGGACAUAAUACAAAAAGCUCUGCUUUUAAUCGUCACGACGCAGGAUUUGUACGCAAGCAUGGAUUCCUCUCAGCGUUCGUUGAGGAGUCCCAAACGAUACGACGAGCGGCGUGACAACGAGGACAAAGCCCGAAGUCCCAGUGUUGACCAGAUUCACUACGUUCAAAGCGACCCAGUUGUUGGCUCGGAGUCCGUCGUAGCAUCCGCAGAUGCCUCGUCGAAUAUCUCCGCAGUCGGGAAGUCCUGCUCCUCGUCAUCGUCGAGUCGUGGAACAGGGGUGGAUUCCGUCAGCGACAACGACGCCGAAGAUCAAUCUGGAAGCGAUCAGGGAGCGGCGUCUGGGGACGCGCAAGGCGUGUCGGGAAGGAAAAAGAAUUCUUGGAAAGGUUUUAACCUUAAAAGACAGCUGAGCAAAGUUGACCUCAAGCUUAAAACUACCUUUACAGGGGCCUCGCAGUGCUCUGCGAGUUCUCAAGCGCCCCAACCUCAUACUAUUUACCAAAAACGCCCAUCCGUGGGAGUUUGCCAAGCCGGAAGCGAGGCAGGCGGCACAGCAUCGCCACCGACUGAGGUCGAGACGGUAUCCGUAUUUGCGUCUUGUCCUCCACGUCACGAGGUCUUCGAAGAGAUACCAGAGAGUGGAGAACCUGCGGAAGGUGCGGGUAACGAGGGUGAAAGUGCUGCUUGUGCAACUUCACCGGCUGAUGGAAAUUCUGCGGGGCGAGAGGGUAACUUGGCCGUAUCGACAGCACAAGAAGCCCUCGAGAGACCCGACGAACUUCCCCUCUUUGAUAACGAGGGUAAACCGAUACGACCUAGACGUGACUUGUCGAAGAAAUCGUGGCCGCACAGAAGAGAGAACAGACUUUUGUCGGUACCGCAUUCAAAAUAUCAGAGGAAUGACGGGACUCAUUCAGAUAUGAAAUCUAGGGAAGACGGGGGACCCUCGUUCGCUGGGAAUUUGAUGAGAAGAUUCAAUAAACUGGACAGUUCCUUCACUCAAUCACGAAGUUCGAGCAUGUCGUCGUUGGAAAAUAUAACGGAAACUAUAAAUUGCCUGGUAUUCGCAGAUUCCUACACAAAGAAGAAUGAAGCCAACGCCUUUCCUACCUUGUGGAUUGGCACUUCCCAGGGCUCCGUACUUACAGUUGUGUUCAGCGCCCCGAGCUGCGGCGAACAGAGACACGCACAGCCGAUACACGUUGUCACCUACAGUGGUUCGAUGUUCAAACUGAAAGGCUCCAUGCUCACCAUAUCAUUUCUCGAUUGCAACGGCGCCCUGAUUCCCUACUCUUACGAAUCGUGGAGAGAAGAACACUCGGACAGCAAGGAUCGUAACAAAACUCCAACAAAAUCCACAAGUACCGGUAUAUCUCCAACUUUAAAUGUUCAAGUAUCGGGUGAGGGAUUUGGUGAUAGACAAUUCGUUGUAUUAACAUCAGAAAAGCAAGCCAGAGUCGUCGCUCUUCCGUCACAGACCUGUAUGUACAAACAGCAGCUCGCUGACACAGAUUUUGUAAUAAAGGCUGAAAUAACUUCCUUAAAAGAUAGCGUAUGUUUAGUGUGCUACGUUUCUAGCGGACACAUUGCGACUUAUAGCCUGCCGAGUCUAAGGUUACUAAUAGACGUUGACUUUCUGCCGUUGGUAGAUCUCAGUUUUCAGACUACAAAACGUGGCAUUGAAGAUCCCAUGUUGUCGAUAUGGGGACAACAGCUAUUUGUCAAUGAGGAUACCGAUCUAAUCGCCAGAACGUUUUGCUUUAGCAACAAAGGCCACGGUUUGUACCUCACGUCACCCACAGAGAUACAAAAGUUUACAGUCUGUAACGAGUUUUGGGCUGACUUGACGGAAAUGAUGGGAGAGAUAUUCAUAUGUCAAGAGAUGCCGGAACCACCGAAAGAGAGCUUUUUACGAGGCUUGUUUGGCGGUGGUUCGAGAAGCCUGGACAGAGAAGAACUUUUCGGAGAAUCGAGUGGCAGAGCUUCUCGCACGGUGGCUAAGCAUAUCCCGGGACCAUGUACCAACAACAAUGGUCUUAGAGAGAAGGCAAACAGUGCGAUGGGGGAUGUCAGUCACGCGCAUCAGAUGGUCGUCGAGCGAGGUGACAAGCUGUCGCAACUUGAGGACAGAACAGCACGCAUGAUGUCCGAGGCUGAGACAUUCUCCCAGUCGGCGCACGGUAUAAUGCUUAAAUAUAAAGACAAAAAGUGGUAUCAGCUAUGAGAGAACUCUGGCAACGCGGACGGACACUCCAAAGAUGAUAGAUUAUUAACUAAAACUAAAUUACGUGAUUUAGCAUUCGUAUGUUACCACGCGUCAUCGCCAUACUACUUC